AUGGCUGGUACGGACGACGAUUUUAAACUAAUCUUUCAGGAUAUCGAUAAGAAGAAAUUGGGCUUUAUAACUAUAAAAGAACUUCUACUCACUCUUAAAAAUUAUGGCUAUAAAUGUUUUGGAUCGUCGGUAUAUAUGCGAUCCUUCAAAUGUAAAAUAGUUCUCAAUGCUGCUCUCAGCAAAGAUUGUUUCGAAAGAAGUGGUCUGCCUGACGAUAAGAAGUUGGACAUGCAGGCUUACCUGGAUUUCAUGGCAAAGGGGCCUCCAGUAGUUCACAAGAUUGCAAUGAUGAGAAGAGUUUUCAACAAAUUGGACAGCGACAGAGAUGGCGUUUUGACGAAGAAUGAACUGAGAGAAGCUUCGAGUGUCAUGGGCGGCAAGUUGUCGGCUGGCGAAAUUGACAAACUUAUGCUGCUUAUGGACAAGAACGAGAACAACGUGGUUGAGAUUGAAGAAUUCAUCUCGGCAUUCUUCGAAUACGAUAUACUGAAAAGAGAAGCCGAAAGUUAA